AAAAAAAAACGAAAACAUGACAGUUGGUAUGUGGCUUCCUGCGGGUCAGAUGGAUGUUACUCAGGUAACGGGGACAGUUGUCACGUUUAGCCAACCGGUAAGUGGAUAAUGGUAAGGUUGAAGUCCUGUAGAUAUAACGCCCUCCUUAGGACCCGUUUAUUUUUCUCUUUCAUCUGAUGGAUAAAGACUAGUGGCUUGUGGUCCGUGUACACUUCCACUAUAUUAGCUGUGAGAUAUACUUCAAACUUUUUACAGGCUAAUACUAGCACCAACACUUCUUUUUCUACCACUGAAUAAUUGCAUUGAGCCUUGUCAAAUUUCAAAGUACAGUAAUAGUACACUGGAUGGUCCACUUGAGCAUCCCCAGUUUGCAACAACACUGCACCAGCACCCGAAUCAAGACGCGUCGACGUGAAUUUUAGAUGGCUUGUCGAAUCUUGGAUUAGCGAGCACUGGGGUGGAAGCUAAGAUCGCUUUCAUGUUUUUAAAAGCCUCUGCACAGUCUGGUGACCACUUAAAUUUAACAGUCUUUUUGCAACAAGUUAGUUAAGGGAGUUGCCAACAUGAAAGUUUUUGACAAAAACGUCGGUAGUAUGCACACAUACCAAUAAACCGUUGUAUGUCUUUCUUGUUCCAGAGCACUGGAUACUGCAGAAUGGCACUGAUCUUAUCUUGCCGAGGGAACACUUUUCCUUGGCCCACUUCAUAACUGAGCUGAUCCUUAGACCAGGAAAAUACUAUGCAGUCCCAACACCCAAGUCAUGAAGCUCAUGUAAGUGGCAGAAACAAUGCACACGAAUGUCAGCACUCCACAGAGCGCAGUGUGAGCAAUGUUAUAUGUGUGAAGCAUCCUCACUACUGUAUGCUCGCCCUCAAACUGUUUGUGGAUGCUAGUUGAAGCUAUUAAUUCAAAUAAUGUCUUGUACAUCAUCUGAAUUACUUCAUGAACAUCAAAUGAACUGGGGCUGACAAAAACCGUGUGUAUAUUUAGUGACAUUUUUGACAACUAGUAUUGGAUAUUUCUUAAGAAUAUAAAUGUGUAAUGAUGGUAAAUUCUGUAAAAUUUGUAAUUUUGUAAAAAUCAUUCAGCAGUAAUAACAAAAAAGUGAUUGAAUAUAAUAUAUUAUGUACUUUGUUAUUCAGAAUCUAAUAUACCUUACUAUCAAAUUAUUACUUAGUGGCAGGAUAUUUUUCCGUACAAUGUCUGGGUGAUUCCCCACCAUUUAGUAAUUCACAUGUCGUCCAUCUCGCUGUUAUUAAGCUCAGUGAUACAUAGUUGAUGACAACUUCAUUAGUCACAAUCAUUGUUAGGAUAAUACAGUAAUAUUAAACAACUGUAAAUAAAUUACUUGGGAAAAUAGUAUAUGAACCUGUACCUUUAAAGUGAUAAUUUUCUUACGUUAUUUAGACUUGCUUGCCAUGUGUGUCUUUGAUCAUAUCAUGAAGUAUAAUGUUUGAUGUUCAUUAUUAUACAUAUAUGAUGCAAGUUUAUAAAAGGAAAACUUGAAAGUACAGUAAACCUAUAAUGUAAACAUGUUAACAGCAUUCACUUAACUCAGGUGUACAUGUGCUCAACAUCAAAGAAACUUUAUCAUUGUUUAGUGUUUUUGAACUAAUAAUCUGUAUGUAUGUAUAUAUAUAAAUAUAAUGUAUAUAAAUUAUUGAGCACAAUGUAACGAUAAUGCAUUUAAGAAAACUCUUCAUGGUUAAGUUUCUUUAAGGCUUUGAAUAUUACCAUACCUUGGUAACAUACAUUAGUCAGCAUCUGUGUUAAAGAAAAUUCAUAUCUCUGUUUAUUAUUCCAAAGUCUUAUAGCAAACAUUUUUCCUGUUUAACAUGUACAUUUAAUUUGAGAGUGCCUUCUCACAAUCUUUUUUCCUGUACUGUAAUGCAGAUAGCUAUUCGUAUAGGGAAAUGUGUGCAUAAUAGUUGAAAGCUUUUGUGAAAACAAGUAUUUUGAGCAAAUAUUUAAAUUUGCAUAAGAGAACACUUGUUUGUAUAUUGUCUAAGGAAACUUAUGACUACAAUAAGCUGAUAGAUUCGAAGAUUAUCUUCCCUUUAGUUCAAGUGUCUUCAUAAGGAUUUGAAAGUGUGUUCACUGAUGUAAUGCAAUUAUGAUUUCACAAAAAAUGUAUAUCUGUUUUGAUUGCACACAAGAACACCAGUAGGAAAGCCAUAACCAUAUUUAGUGUGCCCAAAUGAGUUUUCAUUAUUAUAUACCAGAACUGGAAAUAUGCAAGAAGUCAUAUUAAUAAUUCACACUAAUAAAAUAAGAGAGAAACCAAAUCAUCAUUCAGUGUUAAGGCCUUUACCCUCUCUCUCUCUCUCUCCCACUUUUUCCAAACAAAAUGACCUUAACUGCAGAUCAAUUUUCUCCAGUAUUUGUUAUGAAGAUUUCCACAGAAAAGAAACUAUACUGGUGUUAAAUUAGCUAAUUAGAUCAUUUUUUCUAUUAUUAUAUGGUAAUCUACAUAGGAAAUAACUUAAAUAAAAUCUGUAACACAGAAAAUAAGCCAUACCAGUUUUUAGUGUAUUUAAUAGACUUGAGAAAAAUCUGUUAAGUCAAUACACUAUGGAAUCCCCCACAGAAAAAAACCCACAUCAUCAUGCAUUAUGUAUAAAUGACUUUUCAACUAAAUCUGAUUUUAUAAUGGGCACAGACAGUCUCACUCAAGAGAAACCGUAUCAGUGUUCAAAGUGUUUAGAAGACUUCUCUGAUGAAUGUGGUCUAGUAUCACACAUGAUAACUCACACAGAAGGUAAAACAGAGCCGUGUUUGGAAUGUAUAAAGGGCUUUGCAAAGGAAUCUGAUUUUAUAAGCCACAUGAGUACUCACACUCAAGGCAAACCAUAUCAGUGUUCAGUGUGUUUAGAAGACUUCACUGAUAAGUUUAAUCUAGUAACACACAUGAGAACCCACAAUGAAAGGGAACCUUAUCAAUGUUCAAUGUGCUCAGAAGCAUUUUCAAGUAAAUCAUGCUUAAUAACUCAUAUGAUAACCCACACAGGGAAGAAACCAUAUCAUUGUUCCGAGUGUUUUAAAGUCUUUUUACGAAGGUAUGAUUUAUUGUCUCACAUGAGAACUCACACGGGAGAGAAACCCUAUCAGUGCCCAGUGUGUUUUAGAUACUUUUCUCAUAAAUCUGCUGUAACGACACACAUUAGAACUCACACAGGUCAGAAACCAUACAAGUGUUCAGUGUGUUUCAAAGGCUUUUCACGAAAAUAUGAUUUAGUAAUUCACUUGCGGAUUCACACUGGGGAAAAACCUCAUCAGUGUUUAGUAUGUUUCAAACGUUUUACUCAAAAAGCUAAUUUAGUUUCACACAGACUAAUUCACACAGGAGUGAAACCACAUCAGUGUUCAGUGUGUCCAAAAGAUUUUACAAUGAAACGUGAUUUAUUAAGGCACAUGCGAAUUCACACUGGGGAGAAACCAUAUAAGUGUACAGUAUGUGUAAAAGCCUUUAAGCAACAAUCUGUUUUAGUAAAUCACAUGAAAAUUCAUACUGAUGAUCAACCAUCAGUGUUUAGAUCAUUUAAACAACUGUAAAAUACAAUCUAUUAUGAGAAAUCAAACAGGUUUUAAAUCAAGUAAAUUUUCAGUGCUUAUAAACAAACAAAACUUAUCACAAAAAUCAAUUGUUCAGUAUACAAGAACUCGCACUAAAGUGAUGCCAGCAAAAAAGUUAUAAUACUUUUAAUCAAAAUUAAGUGCAGUAAAACAGUAACCUCAUAUUGGACAAAACUAUAUCAGUCUUCAUAAUAGUUUAUAAAUAAUAAACAUAAUAAACAAGUUUGCAUUGUAUAACACAGAAUAGAAACCAUUUCAGAAGUGCAAGGGUUUAAUGGACUUUAUUUAAAACUUAAUUUUAUUUUGUGUUUAGUUUAUUUUAUUUAUAUACAAAAGAGAUAAUUAAAUAAAAAAUACAAUACUUCAUUCAUACUAAAAGGAGUCGGGGACUGUUCAGUGAUAAAUUGUUAAAAGAAAUAAGAAGAAAUAAGCUUUGGUAAUGUGUUUGUAUAAACUAAAUUAGUACUGUAAAUACAAAAGUGAAAAAAAAACUGGGGUGAUACCACAAAUAAUUCACAGAUGAGUAAUGUCAUCAGUAUGUAUUUAAAGGAUAACAAAUAUUAUCAGGUAAACAGGUUGAUAUUUCUAGGUACUGUAUAUGCCAAAUACUCGUCACAAAAUGAUGUACUCAAAUAAAAUCCCACAUUGAUCAUUUUGCUGCUCUUAAGUUGUAUGGGAUUUUUUUUUUUCAAUUUGCCUCCUUAUUUACAUUUAUUUCCCUAUACUUUAUAAUGGUUGACUUCUUUUUUGUUCUUUGCAUUUCAUUUUUGGUUAGGUGUCUUAGGUUUAGAUGGGUCCAGGUGAGUCGAGUCGUAUUUAUUUUCUUGCGCUGGUACCGAGAAUUGUCAGCCUUGGGUAUUAAUGUUUGCAUGUCUGACUUUUUGUUGGGGGUGUUAUCUGUUUGUAUGAUUUUGAGAGUGAUGUUUCAUCCUGAUUUUGUACCUAAGGGUGACAGGUGCUCUGAAACAGAGGGCUAUGUUUUGCACUAUUUGAUUUAUUCUGCAUUUUACUAGUUGAUGCUAGUGAGGUACAUGGAUAUUGUAUCAACUGCAUAAUCAGCAUUUUGUGUACAUUUAGCUUUGUGCUGAGAUGGAGUGAAUCCAUACAGUGGCAUGAAUUGGACUAUUAAAAUAUUUGUUGCAGCUCGUACAUGCUGGUUUAAGGAGCCAUCAUAUUUUGUGCACUAUGAUGGUGGUAGUGGUUUUGAUACUAAUGAGGAUUGCUUGGUAGUGAUUCAUGGCUUAUCUGAUGCUGUGCCUAGAAAGUAUCCAGUUCUGGUGAUUUGAAAUUUGAGGGUUGGUGAAAUUUUUUCAUUAUUGUUUGCAUUUAGCACAUUAUUGUCCCCCAUCCUUCCUACACUUAAGUUCUUAAAUUGUUUUUCUGACGUCAUCUGCUUAUCUACAGUGGUUUUGCUUGUGGUUAUGGAGGUCAUUAUUGCAUCAUAUCAAUGGCAAAUUGGGUAAUAGUAGGCAGCCCAUCCUCCUGUUUUGCUAGUACCUAUAGUAACGAUGAGGACCAUAGUACAUAUAUACUGACGUACAACAAAAUUCGAAAGUAGAAAUCUGAACUAUUGGGUUGGACAAACUGGAAAACUA